AUGUCUUCGAUUACAAAUCCUUCUAUUAGAGAUUUGAAGACUAGCAUGAGUAUCUCAAUUGAUAAAAAGUCAAUACAUUCGUUUAAUUCAUCAGAUUCUCCAACAAUAUCCAUUUUUCCGAAGAAAUUACUAUUUCCUCAAAUAUAUCCACACAGUAUACAACAAAAGAAGCUCCUAAUUCCCAAUUCUGGAGUUGAAACGGCCGAAUUUACGUUACGAAUUGCAGAUCCUUCGCCAUUUUCUGUACCAAUUUCAACAGUUUCUAUCGCUCCAGGCGAAACAUAUGCAUUAUUAGUAUCUUUUAAUCCACAAGACGUUGGUUUAUUCAAUACAUCGUUAAUUUUCCAAGGAUAUUCUGAAUUUUAUGUACCUUUAACAGGAAAAUGCGUACCAUCACCAUUAGAAAUACCUAAUUCUUCAUCAAAAAUAUGGACAUUUUCAAAAACUGAAACAGAACGUAUUAUAGAAUUGAAAAACAAAGAUUUAUCAAAGCCAUUAACGAUUGUUACUGCAUCAGAUAGUCAAGCAUUUACAGUCUAUCCUAUCCAAUUUGAAAUAUCUUCAGCAUCUUCUGCAAAAUUAACAAUAACUUAUCAUCCAGAGAAAGAAAGCUCAGAGAACCCAACACUUACAAUACAAUGCUCAGAAUCAGGCGAUUCAUUCAGAAUUCCACUCCAUAUCGUUCCACCACGCGCAAAAAUUCCAGUAGAUUUUGGAAUUUGUUGUGUUGGAGAAACAAUCACACAUAACUUACAAAUAUCAGCUUCUGAUGUAUCUCCAAGUAAUAUUCCACCUCCUUUUUCAUUAAAAUCCUUCGAUCCAGAUACAAAUUCAAUGAUUAUUUCAUUUUCACCGACAAAUCCAGGAAAAUUCUCAGCACAGAUUGAGUUAUCUGAUGUAGAUAUCAAUCUCAAAGCAGCUGCAAUAGAAAGACCUUUUUCUGUUCAGAUUUCUUCUUCAUUUCCAAAAGGACCGUUGUUUCUUGAGAAUACAUCAGAUGCAGACAUGAUUGCAGCAAUCAAAGCUGAUGGAUACAAUUUAUCACAGUCAAAUGUUGUUCUAAAACCAGGAAAAUCCGUUGAAAUCCACGCAUCAAGAAAUGAAAAGGAAAAACCAUCAGGAAACAUUGUUGUUUCAUGGCAAACGAAGAAUGGGCCAAUGAGUAGCACAAUAAACCUGUUAGAUGCAAUAGAAGAAACAGAAAAUCAAGGAUAUUUAUCUUAUGAACCAAAAAUUCUUUUGUUUAAUGAAGAAAAUACGAAGGAACAAGUUGUUGUUAGUUCUUCAUCCAAUUUCGUUGCCAAAGCUAAGAAAUCUCUUGUAAUUCAGAACCAAACAAAAGAUAAUUUCGAAAUUGUCUGUAAAAAGAAGACAGAAACUAUAGAACAAAUUAUUAUAGCUAAUUCUACAAAGAGAUUAUCAAUUCCUGCAAUAAUUUCAACUCUUCCUUUAAAUUUGGAAAUUCCUCAAACAGUUGAGUUGAUUGGCUUAGUUGAGAACCAAAAAGAAGCUUUUAAAGGUUCAUUUACUGUUACUAAUCUUAGUCAGACUUCUGUUUUCGUUGCUUUUAGUGCAAAUUCAGUUUCAACAAUUUUUAUUGAUCCUUUUACAGAAAUUAUCAAGCCAAAUGAGAAGAAAUCAUUUAAUAUUGCAGCUGAUUCUCCUGGAUCUGUGAAUGUCUAUUACGGUUCCGAAUUUUUGAGAUCAAUUUUGGCAAUUGUCAACGAAAAGAACUUUUUCUCAAAGAUUGCCGAGUCCUCAUUAAGUAAAAGCGUCAUAAAGCUUGUUUCCGAUCUUCCAAAGGCAAAAUUUACGAAGUUUUUCAAAUCAUCUUUGAAAUCUUCAGUAAUUAAGCUUGAAACAAAGCAACAGAAAAGUGAUAGCAUUACUAUGUCUCCAAAAGUUAUCACUUUUGAUAGCGAUAACCACCAGGAAACAAAAAUUUCGAAUUUAAUAAAUAUGAGUUCAUCACAAUUUGAGUUUUCCGUGAUUGCAUCAUCUCCUUUCAUCCUUGUUCAGCCACUAUCAGGUGUAAUCAAGCCUUAUUCGUCCGUAAACCUGAGUGUUUCCAUUUUAAAGAACGUAAAUGGAUAUAUUUCAGUAAAAUGCGGAGAUUUCGUGACAAAAACCAAAGUGGAGACAACAAAUAAUGCUACAGAAAUAGCUCUUUCUAAUGAUAGUCCAAGACAAUCGCAAUCAUUUGUUGAUAAUCUUUCUAUGUCACUAGAAACAGAAAACAUGUCUGUAAACUCAGCAAAAUUGCACUUCAACAAAUGCAAUGCGGGAACAAUGAGAAGAGCAAUGCUUAAAGUGAUGAACAAGUCAAGGAGUGAGUGUUCAAUCACUGCUUAUUGUGAUAAUCCUUUCUCUUUACCUGUUUCUCAGUUUGUUGUUGAACCAAGAAGUUUUGUUUUACUUCCUGUUCAUUUCUUACCUCAAAAUCAAGGAAAAUACUCCUCAAAACUGGAAUUAGUUGCAGAGGAUGGAAAGAAACUUGUUGUAAGUUUAAGUGGAAAAUGUGUAUGUUAG